AUGCCAAUCCCAUCAUCGGUGCUAUACUGCAAGGCAUUAGUUCUACCCUGCGAUCCGUCAGUGCUUCGUGGACGGGCCCGAGAAAUCUACAACGUACGGUAUUCUCCCACGGCAUUGAGGUCUCCUCGCUCCCACCUCCUCCACCAACCCUUCGAGCGGCCACGAACAUACGCCACUAUGGCAACAUCGAUGAACAGCCGACCUGAAGGUCUCGAGCGCCUGGCCGAUUCCUUGGAGAAGCCUUUGCUCGAUGAUCGCUCAUACCGCGUGAUAAAGCUGGCGAAUCAGCUGGAAGCGCUUCUCAUUCACGAUCCAGACACUGACAAGGCAUCGGCGGCCAUGGAUGUGGAUGUGGGAAGUUUGGCAGAUCCGCCCGAGAUGCAGGGAAUGGCACAUGCCGUGGAACACUUGUUGUUCAUGGGAACAGAGAAGUACCCUGGAGAGAACGACUACAACUCCUACUUGACCAAAUAUGGAGGCCACUCGAAUGCUUUCACGGCUUCUACUUCGACAAACUACUACUUCGAACUUUCAUCCUCUGCCACAUCCAACAGCGCAGCAUCAUCAGCGAACAACAGUCAGGCAAGCCUGCUCUCGAAGUCAGGUCGCGGACCUCUAUACGGCGCCCUCGAUCGAUUCGCACAGUUCUUCCUCAAGCCACUGUUCUUGGAGGAUACGUUAGACCGUGAGCUGCGUGCGGUGGAUUCGGAGAACAAGAAGAAUUUGCAGAGUGACAAUUGGAGGUUGAUGCAGCUGGAGAGGAGCUUGUGCAGCGAACAGCAUCCAUACCACCAAUUUGCGACUGGAAACUACAAGCUACUACACGACGAUCCGAUCGCUCGUGGAGUCAAGAUUCGUGAGGAAUUCAUGAAGUUCUACCAAAAGAACUACUCGGCGAACCGGAUGCGAUUAUGUGUGUUGGGCAAGGAAAGCUUGGAUGAGCUGGAAGGAUGGGUGGUCGAUCUGUUCUCGGGAGUCUACAACCAAGAUCUACCAAAGAUGAGAUGGGACGAUGUACCCGCGCAGACGGAGAAAGAGCUUUGCACACAAAUCUUUGCUAAACCAGUCAUGGACACAAGAUCGUUGACGCUCAACUUUCUCUACCCGGACGAGCAGGAGAUGUACGACUCAAGGCCGAGUCACUACCUCAGCCAUUUGAUCGGUCAUGAGGGUCCGGGCAGCAUAUUGACCUAUCUCAAUGCGAAGGGCUGGGCAAGCUCUCUCAGUGCUGGUGCUAAUACGGUCUGCCCUGGGACGGCCUUCUUCAGCGUGAGCUUGCGACUCACCACGGAAGGAUUGAAGAACUACCAGGAGAUUAUCAAGGUCAUUUUCCAAUACAUCGCCAUGCUCAACGAGAAUCCUCCCUACGAAUGGAUCGUUCAGGAACAGCAGAAGCUUGCAGAGGUGGAAUUUCGAUUCAAGCAGAAGGCUCCAGCUGCGAGGACAACGAGCCACCUUAGUGGAGUCAUGCAAAAGCCGCUUCCGAGGGACAUGCUUCUGUGCGGAGAGAGCUUGAUUCGGAAAUUCAACCCCGAUGGCAUCAAUCGUGGACUGUCGUACUUGCGACCGGACAAUUUCCGGUUUACUCUCACCAGCCAGGAGUUUCCAGGUGACUGGGACCAGAGGGAGACGUGGUACGGGACGGAGUACAAGAUGGAAAAGAUCCCGCGAGAGCUCAUGGAUCAAUUGAUCGCCAUCAGCCGCUCUUCCGCCAGCGAACGUCUGUCCGAGCUCCACCUACCCAACAAGAACGAGUUCAUCCCGCAGCGUCUGGACGUUGAGAAGAAGGAGAUCACGAAACCCGCGUUAUCACCCAAACUGAUCCGCAACGACACGAAUGUCCGAGUAUGGUACAAAAAGGACGACCGCUUUUGGGUGCCGAAAGCCAAUGUCCUGCUCACACUGCGCUCGCCAAUGGUGAACAUCAGCCCGUUCACAAACGUUGUGCUGCAGCUGUACAAAGAUCUCGUGGAAGAUAGCUUGAUCGAGUACGCAUACGACGCCGAAUUGGCUGGCCUCAGCUACAACCUUGGCGCAAUGUCGAAUGCGCUUGAGGUUACUGUCGGCGGAUACAAUGAUAAGAUGCACCUGCUUCUGGAGAAGGUGCUUGUCACCAUGCGAGACAUCGAGAUCAAGCAAGACCGUUUCGAUAUCGUCAAAGAGCGUCUGAUUAGAGGCUACAAGAAUGCCGAAUACAUGGAGCCCUACCGCCAAGUUGCGGGCUUUAACCGCUGGCUUACCAAGGAGCGAAGUUGGGCCUCUCACGAACUGCUUGCCGCUCUGCCAGCCGUCACGAAGGAAGAUGUCGCACGACUGUAUCCUCAGGCUUUGCGUCAAAUGCACAUCGAGAUGAUUGCUCACGGAAACCUUUACAAGGAGGAUGCGCUACGCAUGAGCGACCUCGUUGAAGCUACACUCAAGCCUCAACCUCACCCGAAGAGCCAAUGGGCAACUCCACGCAACCUUCUCUUCCCACCGGGUGCUGACUACCGAUACGAGCGCCAGCUCGCAAAUCCUGAGAACGUCAACCACUGCAUCGACUACAUGCUUCACUUCGGCGACUCUCAGGACCGUCCGCUGCGCGCCAAAGUUCUUCUCCUAUCCCACAUCCUGUCAGAACCAUGCUUUGACACCCUACGCACGAAAGAGCAAUUGGGCUACAUCGUUAGCAGCGGACCCACAUUAGGGGGAAACCAGGCCGGGUUCAGGAUCCUCAUUCAGAGUGAGAAGGAUUGUCCCUACCUGGAGACCAGAAUCGACGCAUUUCUGACCGGAUUCGAGGAGACCUUGAGCGAGAUGUCGGAGUCCGACUUCAAUGAGCACCGCAUUGGUGUGAUCAAUUCGAGAUUGGAGAAGUUGAAGAACUUGGACCAGGAGACUGGCAGGUUGUGGCAUCACAUUACCAGUGAGGUUUUUGACUUUGAGCUUGUCUACCGUGACGUCGAAGCACUGGAGGCACUCACCAAGAACGACCUCCUGACUUUCUUCUCAAGCCAUCUUCAUCCAUCCUCUCCAACCCGCGCCAAGACCGCCAUUCACCUCAUCGCAUCAACCACACCAGCCGAACUCGCGAAGACCAUUUCACCCGUGGACCUUUCCGAAAAGCUCGCGAACAAGAUUGCAGAGCUGCUGACCCAAAUGGGCGCUCCUACAGACAAGAGUGCAUUGACACCAUACCUCGAGAAAGUUGACAUCGGCGAAAGAGAUGCGGGCAAAGUCAUGGGGGCAGUGGGCGAGUACAUGCAGAAAGGACUGGGCAUGGCAAAGGAGCAAGUCGAUCAGGUGUCGAAGAUGGGAGAGCAAGCGCUACCAGGUCUGUUCGCCGGACUAGGCAUUGGAGGCGAGGAGAAGAAGGAGGCUGUUGCGCAUGUGAACGGGAACGGUACCACGAACGGAGUCGAGAAGAAGCAGAGCAAGACCAUUGUCGUCGAGGAUGUCAAGUCUUUCAAGGCGAGUCUCCCGUUGAGUGCGGCACCAAAGCCGGUCAAGGAUUUGGAGGAGUUUGAGGACUUGGAGUCGAAGCUUUGAGUGCUUGGACAAAGUGGUUUGGUUAGCGAGGCGUUUGCUGAGGAGGAAGAAC